AACAUCAUUAAUCAAAAUAUUUUUGCAAUAAUAUAAAAAAAACACGAUGGAAAAUACAGUUUGACGAGUCAUAAGAUAAAAGCGAUGCUAAUAUGUCGACUUUUUUUGGUGCAAUUUUAUAUAUUUUACAACACUAUUCAUACAGUAAUGUUUGUGACUCAAGCUCAAAGUGUCGUGAACGGAUUAACGAGGAUAGUGGGUGGUCAGAAAGUUGAUAUAUCAAGUUAUCCUUAUCAGUUAUCCAUGCAGUACGGAGGACGUCAUAUUUGUGGAGCAUCUAUUAUUGGAACAAAAAUAGCUCUUACAGCUGCUCAUUGUACAGUAAGUUUAUCUGCAUCGAGAAUACGCCUUAGAGCUGGUUCUACAUCAAGAACUAGUGGUGGGCAAAUGGUUCAAGUUGCCAAAGUUCAUCAACAUCCGAAAUUCAAUUAUGCUACUGUAGACUACGACAUAUCGAUUCUAGAAGUCAAUCCUGCCUUUAUGUACAGUGCUAAUAUCAAAAAUGUUCCUAUUUCUACAAUAGAACCCAAAGAAGGUACCAAAGUAAUUACAAGUGGAUGGGGAACUUUGAGAGAGUCCAGCCAUACCUUACCGACUGAGCUACAAUCAGUAGAGAUUCCUGUAAUCGAAAGAAGCAAAUGUCAACAGUUAUAUAGACGUCGAGGUAUAGUUACCAUCAGGAUGAUUUGUGCAGGGGCUGCUCAAGGCGGUAAGGAUUCAUGUCAGGGUGAUUCUGGCGGGCCUCUGGUAUCAGGUGGCAAAUUAGUGGGUAUCGUAUCCUGGGGGUUCGGAUGUGGCAGGGUCCGGUAUCCAGGAGUGUAUACCAAUCUUAACAAUAGGGAGAUACGAAGUUAUAUAAAACGUAUUGCUAAAAUUUGAAACAAAAUAAUAAUUAGCUAAUAAUAUUUAUAGUUAAGUCCAUAAAUUUGAUAUUAAUUCUAAAUAUUUUGAAUUAAAUUAGAUACACAU